AUGAAGCUCAACGUGAAGACCCUCAAGGGCACAAGCUUCGAGAUCGAGGCGACCCCCGAGUCCUCGGUGGGUGAGGUCAAGAGAAUCAUCGAGAGUGCUCAGGGGCAGAAUGUGUACCCUGCGGAUCAGCUGAUGAUCAUAUAUCAAGGAAAAAUUCUCAAGGAUGAUACCACUCUGGAAGCUAACAAGGUUGCAGAGAACAGCUUCCUUGUUAUAAUGCUGUCUAAGCCUAAGGCGUCAUCAUCUAGUGGUGCUUCUACUGCUUCAAAGGCACCUGCUAGUCAGUCUCAACCUGCUACUCCACCUGCCCCUGUUGCCUCAGCUGCAAGAUCACCACCUUCACAGGCACCUGUUGCUGCAUCUGAACCGGCGCCUCCCAGUGCACAGCCUUCAGCUGUUUCUGAUACUCCAGCUCCUGCAGUAACUGCAUCAGGCGAUGCUGAUGUAUACAGUCAGGCUGCAUCAAACCUUGUCUCUGGCGGCAGUCUAGAACAAACGGUCCAACAAAUUCUUGACAUGGGCGGUGGCACCUGGGAACGUGAUAUGGUUGUCCGUGCUUUACGUGCUGCAUAUAACAACCCUGAGAGGGCUAUUGACUAUCUGUAUUCUGGAAUACCUGAAUCUGUAGAUGCCCCACCUGUGGCUCGAGCACCUGCUCCUGCUCAACAGGCACCAAACCUGCAGGCUCCUCAGGCUCAGGCUGCACCUCUAGCACCAGUGCAGCCAUCUGGUGGCGUCUCUGCAGGGCCUAAUGCAAAUCCUCUAAACCUUUUCCCGCAGGUGUCAAUGAGACCACACCCUGCCCCUAAAGAAAAAGGGAAAUUGCAUGGUAUUCCAAGUGGCGGGGCAAAUGCUGGUGCUGGUGUGGGUGCCGGUGCUGGCGCCCUUGAUGCAUUGCGACAGCUUCCACAGUUCCAAGCACUGCUUGCAUUGGUCCAGGCUAAUCCCCAAAUCCUGCAGCCAAUGCUUCAAGAGCUGGGGAAACAAAAUCCCCAGAUCCUGCGGUUGAUUCAGGAAAAUCAGGCUGAGUUUCUCCGCCUGGUAAAUGAAACACCUGAGAGUGGUGCUGGCGGGAAUAUACUAGGCGCGCUAGCAGCUCAAAUGCCACAGGCAGUUCAAGUUACUCCAGAAGAACGGGAGGCCAUCCAGCGGCUCGAGGGGAUGGGGUUCAACCGUGAGCUUGUGUUGGAGGUCUUCUUUGCAUGCAACAGGGAUGAAGAACUGGCUGCCAACUAUCUUUUGGAUCAUGGCCAUGAGUUUGAGGAACAACAAUAG